AUGUCAACGGCUUUUCUGGUCGAGAAUAUCCUUAGUCAUAAGGAGGAGCACGAUACUAUUCUGUCAGAUUGUGAGUCUGAAGCAAACUCGGAUCUGAAGAACUCGAUGUACGAUUCGCCGCGUGAUGAGAUCCCUAGCCGACAUUCCUCAUUAUCGUCCAGUGAUGAACGUGACCGCGAACGGAUCUUGUUGAACAAUACGGAGGAGCGUCAAUUCGUCAACCAUACCUUCACUAUGAUUGGCGCGAGUGGUCCUAGUGGCGACCGUGAACGUGAAAGGGUCGAGAUGUGUUGUACAAAAUGCGGCAACUAUUAUCCGAUCAUAAAUAGAGCACACAUGUAUACAAAUAGUGAUGGUGGUGUCCUGGAUGACUUCAGGUGUGAAAAGUGUGGGGGAAAUGGAGAAAUUCGGAUCGAAGAUUCCAAAGAAACUAUUUUAAAAGAUAAUUCUAAGCCGGUGCUAAAAUUUAGUGUUUCAGCUAUCCUAGGUGAUACUAAGGAGUGUGUAAGAGUUAGAAAUGAAACUAUACAACCCCAACAUAUCUGGCCUUAUUUACAACAUAAUUUUCUUCAUCACUCGCAAAUGAACCAUGCUGCGUUCUUCGCCAAUGGUAAUAUUUGUCAGCCGCAGACCACGUCGUCACCUGGCAGCACAAUUAGUGAUAGUGACAAUCAUUCAAAUGGUCUUCACAACAACAACAAUAGCAAUAGUCAAGGCGAGGUGGCAGACGAGAGAUUGCAAUGCCGGGAGAAACAGGUGAUAGCCAAGCCUUUGCCCAGCCGACCAACGCCGUUUCUCCAUCACACCUUGAACCACCCGCACCUACAUUCGUUACUGGCGCACUGCAGGAACCCAUAUAUUGGAGGCCCACCUCAAGUAUUCCCGCUGCCACCGGGUCAAGGAUUUCCGUGGGCGCACUCGUCUAGGGGCAAGCCGCGGCGGGGGAUGAUGCGAAGAGCUGUAUUUUCAGAUUCACAACGCAAAGGCUUGGAAAAGCGGUUUCAAAUGCAGAAAUAUAUCAGCAAGCCUGACAGAAAAAAGUUAGCGGAACGACUGGGCCUCAAGGAUUCACAGGUGAAAAUUUGGUUUCAAAAUCGUCGGAUGAAGUGGCGCAACUCAAAAGAGCGAGAACUUCUAGCUAGUGGUGGAUCUCGAGACCAAACAUUACCAACGAAAAACAAUCCAAAUCCAGAUUUGUCCGAUGCACGUUGUGAUCGACCGGCAUCAAUAUCCCCACCUGCGUCUCCCACAGACCUCACGUCAACCGGUCUCCAAUCUAUUCAGCAGCAAAAAAGUUCAUCGGCGCACCCAUUGCCUGGACUGCAACAACAAACCCACUCAAUGCAACUGCUUCCACAGCUAACAAGGGUUGAUCCAUCCAAAUUCUCCCCAGAAGCUAACACAGAUAUCAAAAAGGACCCGUCUCAGGGAAUCUUCAAAGCGGAAUUGGAUGAAUCACGGCAUAGAAGACUUUUCGGCAGUUUGUAUGAGUCCGAAAGGGACUCCGGAGCUUUCGAUUUUGAUCAAGGACCACCGGAUUCACAUGACAACGGGAAAAUGUAUUACGACGAUUACGACUCUAAUUCGGACAGUGAUGAAGAAAUCAGUGUAACAUGACUAGAUAAAGUUGUAUUAGAAUAAAGACGAUAACUUGUAAAUAUAUUCCCGCUUGCUAUAAUUUCGCUUGUAUAGACUUAGCUGCUAACUAAUCGAACAUUUUGAAUUCUUUUGUAUAAAGACCUUGGGCAUAUGUAACCUUAAAUACAAUAAGAUAAAUGUAAGUCCACUUGAAAAGUAAAACUUAAU